UGGCGCUCAGUGUCGUGCUGGGAAGGGGCCAGCUGCGGAGUGGCGCUGGUCGGACCUCGCACCGCACCGCGACAUGGGCUCUGCGAGCGCGCUGCUGCUCCUCGCUCUGGGCAUUCUUCAUAACGGCUGUGAAGCCUACAAUGUUGGACUCCUGGAAGCAAAAAUAUUUUCUGGUCCACCAAGAGAGCAGUUUGGAUAUGCAGUUCAGCAGUUUAUAAAUGAACAAGGCAAAUGGUUGUUGGUUGGUUCACCCUGGAGUGGCUAUCCUGCUAACAGAACUGGAGAUAUUUAUGCAUGUCCUGUUGGUACAUCCAAAGCAACAUGUAAAAAAUUGAAUUUACAAGCUUUAAUAAAUAUUCCAAAUGUGACUGAAAUAAAGGAAGACAUGAAUCUGGGCUUGACUCUGAUACAGAACUCAAAAACAGGAGGAUUUUUGACUUGUGGUCCCUUGUGGGCACAGCAGUGUGGAAGACAAUACUAUGCAACGGGAGUUUGUUCUGAAAUCAGUCCAAGUUUCCAGAUCCUAAGAAGCUUUUCUCCUGCUGUUCAAAAGUGUUCCUCUGUUAUAGAUAUUGUUGUGGUUUGUGAUGAGUCGAACAGCAUUUAUCCCUGGGAUGCAGUGAGGGCAUUUUUGAAAAAAUUUGUACAAGGCCUAGACAUAGGCCUUAACAAGACCCAGGUGGGUUUAAUUCAGUAUGCUAAUGAUCCCCGUGUAGUCUUCAACUUGAAUACGUAUCAAACAAAGGAUGAGGUUGUUAAAGCAAUGGAGAGAACAUCUCAGAAGGGAGGAGAUCUCACUAAUACUUUCAAAGCUAUUGACAAUGCAAGACAAUACGCCUUCUCACCUGAAUCAGGAGGACGUCCAGCAGCCACAAAAGUAAUGGUUGUUGUGACAGAUGGUGAAUCACAUGAUGGCUCCAACCUGAAAACAGUGAUAGGUAAAUGCAAUGAAGACAAUAUAACCAGAUUUGGCAUUGCUGUUUUGGGAUACUUAAUCAGGCAUGAACUUGAUACUAAAAACUUAAUUAAAGAAAUCAAGGGAAUUGCUAGUCAUCCAACAGACAAGUAUUUCUUCAAUGUGUCAUCUGAGGCUGCACUGCUGGAAGAAGCAGGAACACUUGGAGAGCGCAUUUUUAGUAUAGAAGGUACAGAUCAAGGUGAUACUUUCCAAAUGGAAAUGUCCCAAGUGGGCUUCAGUGCGUAUUACUCACAAAAAAAGGAUGUUCUGCUGCUGGGUGCUGUUGGGGCCUAUGACUGGAGUGGAACAGUAGUACAAGAAUCCUCAGACAGAAUCACCACCUUUCCAAGCCAUGUGUUUGAGAAGAUUCUACAGGACAGAAAUCAUAGUUCAUAUCUAGGUUAUUCUGUUGCUGUUCUCUCAACUAUGAGCUCCGUCUAUUUUGUUGCUGGUGCACCAAGAUCCAACUACACUGGCAGAGUGGUGGUUUAUGAGGUUGACAGUGGUGGUAACAUUGCAUUUGUGCAGUCACAGACAGGCGAGCAGAUUGGCUCCUACUUUGGCAGUGUGGUGUGUUCAGUGGAUGUCAACAAGGAUUCUGUGACAGAUGUGCUGCUUGUGGGUGCACCAAUGUUUAUGAAUGACCUGAAGAAAGAAGAAGGAAGAGUAUACAUGUUUUCUGUCACAAAGAGAAUUUUGGGUCAACAAGAAAUCUUGGAAGGUCCACAAGGGUCAGAAAAUGCACGCUUUGGAUCAGCGAUUGCAGCUCUUGCAGACAUUGAUUUGGAUGGCUUUAAUGAUGUUGUAAUAGGUGCUCCACUGGAAAACCAAAACUCUGGAGCAAUUUAUAUUUAUAACGGAUUUCAAAAGACUAUACGUACCAAAUAUUCUCAGAAAAUUUUAGGAUCGGAUUCUGCUUUUGGACAACAGCUCCAAUUCUUUGGAAGAUCAGUAGAUGGCCAUAGAGACUUAGAUGACGACGACAUAAGUGAUGUAUCAGUUGGUGCUGAUGGAAAUGUGGUUCUGCUAUGGUCAAGAAGCAUUGCAAAUGUGUCCAUAAUUGCCUCAUUUAAACCUGAGAAAAUCAGUCUGCUGAACAAGAAUACAGAAGUAACUGUCAAAAUAUGUUUUCAGGCUACAUUUAGACCUGCUAAGAGAAAUAAUCAAGUGGCUAUAAAGUACAAUGCAACAUUGGAUGCAGAUCUCCAGUCCUCCAGAGUGACUUCUAGAGGAUUUUUCAAAGCAAAUAAUGAAAGGUACAUGCAGAGGAAUCUUGUGGUACGUCAUGAAGAGAAUUGUGUUCAUGAAGUCUUCAUCGUACAAGAACCUUCAGAUGCAGUGAACUCACUUAGUUUGCGUGUUGAUAUUGGCGUUGCAAAUCCUGCCUCCAGCCCUGUCCUUGAUAUAUCUUCUCCUGCAUCUGUGGCCUAUAGUAUUCCUUUUGUUAAAGACUGUGGUGAAGAUGAACUUUGUAUCUGUGAUCUUGAUCUGAAUGUUCAGCGGAAGGCAGAGGAUGGCAAACAACAGUUUGUUGUUAGCAGCAAAAACAGAAGACUAACGUUCAAUGUGAAAUUGAGAAAUAAAAAGGAAAAUGCAUAUAACACCAGAAUCCAGGCUACAUUUUCAGACAACUUGUUUUUUGCUUCGUCGUCUUUACCGAGUGAUGGGACUGAAGUCUCAUGUCAAACAGGAACAGCACAAAGUACAGUCAUUUGCCAAACAAGCUAUCCUGUUUUCAGAACAGGACAACAGGUAUCCUUUGAUAUUAGCUUUGAUUUUAACCUUAAAAAUCUUCAGAAUGUGGCAGACAUAAGCUUUCGUGCAUUGAGUGAAAGUAAGGAACAGCAAGAAUUGGACAACCAGGUCAUCUUAUCAAUUCCUUUGAGAUAUGAUGCAGAAAUUCACUUAACAAGGCUUGCCAACAUCAACUUCUAUGAAGUAUACUCUGGUCAUAACAUUCCUUCCACUGUGAAUAAUUUUGAAGAUAUUGGCCCCACAUUCAACUUCUCAGUUAAGGUAACAACAGGAAGUAUUCCAAUAAAGAUGGCAUCUGUAAAAAUCUAUCUUCCAGAACUGACCAGUAAAGACAACCCAUUGAUGUACCUCACUGCGGUCACCACAGAUCAGGCCAGAGGUGUUACUUGUGAAGCUCAGAUAAAUCCACUGCAAAUAAGUAAAAGACCUUAUUCUCCAUCUUUCACAAAAGAGAACUUCAGAACUUCCAAAGAACUGAACUGUAAGAAUGUGAAGUGCAGUGUCAUCACAUGCAAACUGGAAGACAUUAUGCUGAAGGGAGAGUACUUUGUGAAUGUGUCCACCCAAAUCUGGAAUGGAACCUUUGCUGCUUUAACUUUCCAAAAAUUACAACUCUCUAUAGAAGCAAAAAUUGAUACACAUAACCCUGAGUUAUUUAUAAUUGGAGAGAAUACCCUAACUAUCCCAGUUACAAUAAUGAAACCAGAUGAGAAAGCUGAGAUACCAGUCGGUGUUGUGAUUGGCAGUAUAUUGGCAGGACUCCUCUUGCUGUUAGUAUUGGUUGCUGUUUUGUGGAAACUUGGCUUCUUCAAGAGACAGUAUGAGAAAAUGACACAGGAUAUAGAAGAUGUUGAUGAAAUUGCAGAACUCACAAAGGACAAAGACUGAAGAAGAUGAGUUAUGUGGAUAAAGAGGAAAUCUGAGCUACCAACAGUAGUUGUGAUCCAGUUGGUUCUUCAGCUGGAGUGCCUUAAAGCUUAGUGACAUUUAAACAUUUUUAAUGGAAGUGUCUUUAUAGAUGAAAAUAUUUUCAGAUUCUACUCUAUUAUAAGAGUAACUGCAGGACAGUUUGUUUUUUUCAAAAAUGACUUAUAGUGCCUUUUCUAGUAAAUUUUUGCCUUUCAAACAAACUUAGCCCUUAGAACUGGCAGGUCCGAAGUAUACAGUAACAUACUGUGCCAGCAACCUUUCUCUUGAUCCACUGCAGAGUGAAACAGAACAAUUUAUUUCAGAUUAUUGUGGAACAGCAUCAAUUCGUAAUUCAGUUGACAAGUACCAUAUGUGUAAAGGACAUUUUCUAUUAAGUUGAUGAUGAAUGUGUGGUGAAUACUGCUUCCAGACUGGGAGAAGAAAACUUAUUUUUUCAUUGACUAGCUCCAUCCUUAUUGUUUUAGAAAAACAAUUUCCACCAGCAAACCUUUGUCUUAAUAAUCUAAAACUGGGAACUGUGUAUGAAUAUGUCUGUCUGGGUGCUACAGGACAACUGGUUGGGCAAAGUGUUCCAAAAGUUCACCAUAUUUCUUGCACUAAGGUCACAACUACAUUACUGAAGGAUAUUGUUUUGGGGAAAUACUGCCAAAUGGUAUGUAUAACUGCCUUCUCUAUACUUUCUCUCUGAGAAGAAACUAUGAAUUUCAUAAUGGUUUUCAGAUUUCAUCUUUAGAAGCACUACCAUUACUGUUAGGCUGGGCUUUACGCUCUCAGUCCCUCUGACACCAGUUUGGCUUUUGACAGAAAUAAGGAAGACAGUCAAGAUCUUGUCUUUAAUUCUGUACUGAAAGAUUUUGCAAGACUAAGAGUAAAAAGUGAACUAGAGGGGAUAGAUGACUGAGGAAUUACGCAUGUUAUAAAAGGGGAUAGUGAAGAUCUAAGGUCUGUAAAAUGUUUACUGCACUUAAAUUCUUAGCAUCUCAGUGCCCUCCAGGAGACCAAAGUUCAAUACAACUUCCUUACCUGUCACAUUUGGUCCCACCUGUUCAUGUCUUGAUGAACUUUUGUUUUUUACAGUGAAGUACUGUAGUGCUCUGGAAGGAGCUCUAAGCACAACACUUGGGUGACUUUGGUUGGACAUCUCAAGUUUAUCACAUGCUGUUAUGCUGCCUGGUUAUAAUGAAAGCUCAGUCUAUCUUAGAAAGACUCAUGCUGUAAGACUGGAAACAGAGGAACUCUCUCUCUCCUGGUUGGCAGUUACACUUAUAAUUGAUUGUGAGAGGAGAUGUGUAUGUUUUCCUUGUGUAUGCUGCCAUGCAAUUGAGAUGUGUUUCCAAAUCGGGGUGAUUUACUUGAACAAGAGUAAAACAUUCAAAUGUGCCUGAUUUGACCUGAAGUCAUGUUUUCUUUUCCUCAGAGAUAGAUUGUAAUUAUGCUUAGGCACUUUUCAUUUAUUUUCUGAGGGACUAGGCUUGACCACAUUUGAACGUUUUACUCAAUUUUUUUUAAUCAGUAAUCAGUCAGAAGCCAACCAUCUCUUGGCAAAAAAACAGCUUCAUUUGCAGCAACAGCUGGAUUGUGCUCAGUGUAGUUUUAUAUGUGUUUUGGAUUUAUUUUGUAUCUAUGAAAUGUUAUAUUUUGUGGUUUUGUUUUUUGGGUUUUGUUUUUUUUUUUUUUUUUUUUUUUUUGUUUGUUUUGUUUUUUUUUUUAAAAAGCAAUUACAUAAUCUAAAGAAUAUGCUCCUGACUUUUAAUUAUAAACCUUGAGGGCAAAUGCUCAGAAAGUAAAGAUAAAAAUUUGUCUGCCUCAAUUCUUGUGUAAACUUCUGUGGAAGAAAACAAACUGUACAGCCAUACAUGUGGGAAGUUCCUACAUAAUCAGGGUCAUGCACUUCAGGGCAGAGAGGGAAUUUCACAAUGCACCAGAUGGCAGAAUGUUUCAUUUGCAGUGCUGCCUUCAAGGGAAAUUCAGUCAGAUUUCCUUCUUCCGCCUUCGGUGGGAGGUACAGGUCAAUAUCCAACAUGCAACUUCUUUGGGGAUUUAACAGUUUAUCAGCCAGGUAGCAAGGAUUCAGUUCACUAGUCUUCACUGGGUUUUAUUUUGACCCAGACAACAGGAUUUUCCCCCCAACCUGGAAACAAGAGUUUUUUUGUAUCCUAACCACUUCAAGGUGUUAGUUUAUUUUCCUUUUACAAUUAAUACUUAAGUGGCUAAUUCAGUUUUUGUGAUGGUGAGUCUAUUGCACUUUUAAGUUGGCACAGCUGCAAAUAAUACUGGAAAUAUUAUGUAUAUCUUGUAUUGUGUGUGCAAGGUUUUUUUUUUUUUAAGAUUACUUUUUUAAAACAGCAUGUUUUAAAUAUUCUGAAAUUUUGAGCUUUAGCAUGUGCUUUUGUUUGUGCUUGCAGCAAGAAAAGUCAGCAAUACAUUCAGCAAACUCAAGUUGCAUCUGAUUCUGGUCUUGAAAUCUAGCUGCUGAUUUCCUGAAGUACUAGAAUCAAGUCCAAAAUCAGAGUUGGUUUCAUAUGAGCCUAUGUAUAAAUUUGAGAUAUACAAGAGAAUUUAUAAUAAUGUUGACUUCUAAAAGCUAGUAUGUAAGCUCUAUGGGAGCAGGGACUGUAUCACUAUGAUGCCUCUCUGAGGGCCUAACAGCGUUACUCCAAUAAAACCAAGACUACUGCUGAA